CGAACCCGUCUCGUCUAUAUAUACGAACAAGCUCUUCCUUACAUCCUUUUUAACACAGACAAAAUGGGUAAAAGAAAGGCCGCCAAGAAGCCAGUUGCCAAAAAGAAGGCAGAACCACUAUCGAGUGUUUUUAAAUGCCUGUUUUGUAACCACGACAAAGCUGUCAAUGUAAAGCUUGACAAAGCCACCAUGUUCGGUCACUUGCAUUGUAAAGUUUGCGGACAGAAAUAUAGUACACCUAUAAAUAACCUUUCAGCAGCCGUUGAUGUUUACUGCGAUUGGGUCGACGCAUGUGAGGAGGUUCGACAACAACAGCCUCCUAAACAACGUGCGCCCCGAGGCCCUGAUCCUCUUACUCAUGGCCAGGCAGGAGGAGCUGGAUAUGACCCUGAAGGAGCUGAAGAAGACGACGAAGAGCAGGAGUAUAACUUCAAUGAUAAGGAUGAGGAAGAGGAUGACAGACGGAAAGAACCUGAAGAUAGGGCAGGGAAGAGGAGGAAAGUGCAAGAAGAGUCUGAGGACGAGGAUGACUAAGCGCUGUGCGCUAUGUAGUUUUGGGUUGAAGGGCCAGGGGAUCCAUUUGCAUGUAUGUUUACCAUCCUUGAUCUGACAAAGCUUGUUGGAAGGUAUUGCUUUGCAU